AUGAAUAAACCUAAUGGAAGGACGGACUCCUCGGAGUCAUUAGCGGGCCUCUCCUGUGUUAUUAGUGAGGCAUGUAAAAACGGAUGCACGGAUUUGUUGAAACGUUAUCACAAUCAAUUGAUUCACCGUCUUCUCGCGCUUUCCUCGCUUAUUAUUGAGGCAACAUCUAUGGCGUUGCGCACUGACGUCAUGUCAACGUCGGCACCGAGCGUGGAGCGGCACGAGGAUCCAGAAGCCCUCCUCCCGAGGUCUGAUCCUGGCACACAGAUUUUAGUUCCUGGGAAUGUUCACGAGAAUGAUACAUGUAAUAAUAAUAAUGGUAAUAAACGUCGGGAGUUAUUGCCUUCUACACGUGAAAGGGCCUUCAGAAUGCCCGUUUUUGUCACUCCACGGCCUGACGUGGGGCCGACAAUGAGCCAGGGCACCUCAUCUGUAGUGACGAUUAACGUCAGUGCCAUUACAUCCUUGAAUACAGCGCCUUCGCGUCUGCACCUCGCAUCAUCAACCAUGUGCUUUUUGAAGGGUGAACUAUUCGACGCCAGUGGGCGCCGCUCAUCUGGACUCAUGUACCCCAUUGGUAUGCGUGAAAGAGGGCCACUCUUUGUACAAGAUGAGGCUCUCACAGACGAAGAAAUGCGUGCCACGCUAUCGCUAGUGGCACAGGCAGGUAGUACAGACAAGAAACGGCAAGAACUCCAGCAUCCAUACUAUGAAUUGUUGUGUGUUCGGUCGUGUGAAUUGACGGUUUCCGUGUCGCCCACGUGGUCGUCGCAUUCUAUUGAAAAUGAGGGACGAUGCGUCCAUGCUGGCUGCUUCACAAAAGCCAUUUACGCCCGCCACCCCACCGGCAAUGAAGGAACUGCAACCGCAACAGUGAUCCCACAGAAAUCCAUCAAGGGGUGCAAGCAAAGAAAUGUGCGUGGGGCUAGCCUCCAACGUCCCUUACUGACAGUAUUGAGUUUGACGUCAACUCCGGAUAAAUCACAGUAUUUAAAAAGCGAGAGAAAUGGGCGACGCAGUGCUGUUUUGUCGAAGUCAAAAAUUGCCGUCAAGGCGACCGAGGCAGCGAACGUGGCGGCAGCUAAAGCUAUUGAAGGAGAAUCUGUAUUGACAACUGUGUGGCACCCUGUAACUCCAUCGAUGGACAGUGGUGAUGGGGUCCACUGUACGCGAUUUGUGGAAGGAGCAGGGAGUCAACCGAAAUGCCAUAAAGAAAACUCUUGUGUGGAGGAGAAUACUCUGGGCGAAGAGGAUAAAUUUAUGGGCGAAGCCGAUGCGGCUCAAUUUAUUCUUCGUACUGAGGAGCGUGUUUAUACACUUCACUACACGGUACCUUUGUCUACGCAGCGCAAAGAGGCCAAUGAUAAACAUAAUAUUGGUUGUGGAAAUGUUUCUCCCAUCAGAAUAAGUCUGGUGUCGUCUCCGUCACUGUGA